GCAACAACAAAUCUGAAGAGAGAGAAAACAUCAGGGAUACGGGAGUUUUUAGGCAGUGUACAGGUGUCUCUAUCUCUCUGGACACUUCUGGUGGCCUGAGCAGCAUGUGUGUGCGUGUUGUGCUGUUGUUUUUGCUGGGAGUGUAUAUGAUGUGUGUUCGUGUGUGGUGUCAGAGGGACAUUCUGGUGGCCGGACCCCCAAACAGCGCAACAUCACCCCCCAAAAUACAUCAGCCUCACUCUCAGGACUCGAGGCUCAGAAAGACUCCAGAGAACCGCAAACAUGCACAGGUGUCUGACACCUCUGAGCGGCUCAUCCAGCUGCAGCGCUGUAUGCUACAACAUGAAUCAGUGGCUGUGAGUCAGGGAGAUGGGUCAGACUCACUGGUCGCCUUUCUGGCUCUAAUGGCGGCGGUGCUGACUGAAUGUAACCUCCACUGCCAUAGUCAGAGACUGCGAGAGAUGGCCACCAGACUCGAAAAUGUGGUGGGCAAAAACGGGGAGAAAGACUUGCUGCUGUUACUGAAGAGUAUCACACAUUCUAAACCUAAUGGCCUCAAACCAAGGACUCCUACAGCGCCUCCAUCUGCAGGGCUUUACCCUCAAGACUGUCAUGAAAUCUACCAAUUAGGAAUCAAAGAGAACGGAAUCUACACCAUACAGCCCGAUCCAAAGCAGCCAGCGCUGGAGGCUGUGUGUGACAUGGUUUCAGCUGGAGGAGGAUGGACGGUGUUCCAGCGUCGAUUUGAUGGAAAAACUGACUUUAACCGAACCUGGCAGGAGUACCGUGAUGGAUUUGGCUCCCCGCAGACAGAGCACUGGCUAGGGAACACAUUUCUCUAUGCAUUAACCGCCAACGGGCAACACACACUCCGAAUCACUCUACAAGACUGGCAUGAACAGACACGCCAUGCUAAUUAUAACAACUUUAAAGUGGCUGGAGAAAACCAGAGGUUCCGUCUGACUGCUCGAGAGUACCACGGUGAUGCUGGCAAUGCAUUCAGCUACAGCAAACAGUACAAUCACGAUGGCAGAGCGUUCAGCACAUAUGACCGGGAUCAUGACCGCUACGCUGCUGGUAACUGUGCCCGUUACUAUGGUGCAGGCUGGUGGUUUGAUUCCUGUUUGGCUGCAAACCUCAAUGGACGCUUCCAUCACGGCCGUUACAGCGGCAUCACAGACGGCAUCUACUGGGGUACCUGGUAUAUCCUGACCGAGUAUCGCACUGGGGAAAGAUAUUCAUUUAAGAGCGUUGAAAUGAAAACGAGACCCAGGCGAAGCUAGG